AUGGCGAUCCAGUUCGGCUUCUAUUGGUGGCAUGUCUCGAACGCGGAUGCUUCACUAGCCGAGCGCAGCCUGUCGCACGCUGUGCAAUCGUUCCAUGUGGCUCACUGGUGCCACAGUGCUUGGCGCGGAGCCAAUCUGGGAGGUUGGAUGCUGCUAGAACCUGGACCCGCGUCGCCGUUUUUCAAUGUUUGCCAUGCGAAGAUCCUGGAGCUCAGUGGUGGUCCUGCACAGGAGAGCCUGGAGACAUCCGGCGCACGGGACCCUCCAAGCGAGAAUCCUCCCGGACUGGGCGAUGAGUACUCCGUCUGCGCUGCUCUGCAAGCGGCUGGUGGAGAGUGCUUGCGGAGUGAACUCUUCCAGUGGCACCGAUCCCAACACUACACAGAACAGACUUUCGCCGACAUUGCCAAGACGGGCUUGAAUGCAGUACGAGUUCCUUUCGGCCACUGGGUGGUACAGGGGCCAGGUUCGGGAGAACCAUACGAGGGCCCCUGCCUAGAGGUACUGGAUGGUUGCGUCCAAAUGGCCGAAGCGCAAGGUUUGCAAGUUCUCCUUGACCUACAUGGCAACCCAGGGGGGGAGAGCGGCAGUAGACCAUGUGGACGAGAAUCCGCUACGUGGAGGUGGGAAGAUUGGCGCCACGACGAGGCCGUAGAGGUUCUGCGCCUCUUGGCAGCGCGAUACUGUGACAAGUCCUGCGUGACCGGAGUACAGGUUUGCAAUGAACCUUCCGAGAACAUUCCAGCCGACAGGCUCUGCGAUUUCUACGAGCAAGCCAUCGAGGCCAUUCGAUCCAGCGGCAUGGGGCCGGACAAAGUUGCAGUAGUGUUGCCGAUUUUCACUCAUUGGCGGCUGAAGGAAAUGUUGAACUGUUGGAAUUCGCGAGGGAAUUCAUUCAAGUUUGACAAUAUUGCGUUUGACAUUCAUUAUUACCAUGACUUUUCUGCGAUUUGGCGGCUGCUGCCUCACUACCGCCACAUAGAGGUCGUCGCGGAGCAUGCCAGGGAGUUAAAGCUGCUUCCUGGCUCUGUGGUCGGUGAGUGGAGCCUUUCAAGGCCUGGCUAUUUCUCGGAGGAGGAGAAGGCAGACUUCGCCCAGAAGCAGGUGGUAGCCUACAAUCACGCAUCACACGGAUGGUUUUUCUGGAACUGGCAUGACCAUGCCUUCUAUCCGGACUGGGAUCUUGAAAAGGGCGUCUUCGGCUCUGGAAAGCUGCCCUGUCCACUGAGACAUGAGGAGUUGCAGGGCUUCUUGUUUCCUGCAUGGGAAGGAUCAGGUCCUGUCACGCGCCCUUUGGCGCAGGCCGAACGUGAACUGAUGAGACUAAAGGAGAGCUUAACAAAGGAUACCAGCCAGUUUCCGGCAAUGGCUCGCAAGCACUCAGAGUGCAAGUCUGCCUUGCAGCCCGGACAGAUGGCGGGAGACCUUGGAUGGAUUUCCAAAGGCAGCCUCGGAGAUCAAACCAUGGAAGAUGUCGUGCUCGCCCUCGAGGUGAACGAGCUCAGCGAUUUGGUCACCACAGCGCGUGGUGUGUGCGCACUCAUCGUCGCAGGCGCGUCAGCAGGAAGUGAGCUCAAGUGCGUCGAGGCAAAGGUCACCUCCAGCACAGACUGCACCAGACGCAAGGUGCAGGAGCUGGUCACGUUCGCAACCAUCCCACCGCAUCAGAGAUCACCAGCAAUGGCUCCAGCACGAGUCUUACAACGGAUCAACUUCGAGUCUUAUCCUAGCGCUUUCAACUGCGAGAACCUUGGCUUGGCACGGGGCCUUCCUCGUGCUUCUGCGAUGGAAAGAAGUAAUGUGUUCCGGCAACAGGCCGCAGCCAAGUCCUGGUCUCCAUCGUCUUCACUUCCUGUGCUUCGUGAAGGUGUGGCAGAGCUUGAAGCUCAUGCGGAUGGGGUUGACUAUGCCGUCCAUGAGGCCUGGCAGGAAAGAAGUCUUCGUGCCGCAGUGCUGGAAAAGCCGAUGGUGCAAGCAUUACAGCUUUUGCCAGGCAUCCGGCAGCAUCCCUUACUUUCGAGACCACCACCACCACCUCGCAGCAUUGUGCCAUGUCCUCCGUGUGAUCCACCGCAUCAUGCCAUGCGUCAAAGGUCAGCUCAGGUCCGCCGCCCCCAUGCAAGACAGUGCUUCUCGAUGGAUGAGAGUGCCAAAGCAACCUCAAAGCGAAAGGACCCGAAGAGCAAGAGCUGCGUCGAAAAGACGCUGUGUUGGACAUCACGGGAUGCGAGACGUGGUUUGCUGAUUUAUGCAGCUUGA